CCCAUGGCUUUAGCCCCCAGUGGCCGGGCCAUCUUGGGUUGAGUCACAAUUCAAAAACCCUAGUUUUAUCCCACUAUAAAAUACUAAAGAAGCCUGCUUUCGAAUCUCUAGUAGGGUUUCCUCGUCGACAGCAGAAAUGGGGAAAGGAACAGGGAGCUUUGGUAAGAGGAGAAACAAGACCCAUACUCUCUGCGUUCGAUGCGGUCGCCGAAGCUUUCAUCUCCAGAAGAGCCGCUGUGCCGCUUGUGGCUUUCCCGCCAGUCGCACCCGUAAAUAUAACUGGAGUGUGAAGGCUAUUCGGCGAAAGACCACCGGAACUGGGCGCAUGAGGUACCUCCGCCAUUUGCCGCGCAGGUUCAAGAGUAACUUCAGAGAAGGAACUGAAGCUACUCCAAGGAACAAGGGAGCAGCUGCAGGCUCUGCAUAAGAUCUGGAAGAUUUGAACGAGCGUCUGGUUUAUAUUCUCAAGCGAUUUUAGAUCAUUUUUUAAUCUCAUUUUGGAGAGUUGCAGACUUAUAAUUGGUCAAUUUUGAUCUUAUGGUACUUAUUAUUAGUUGAAAACAUAUGUGAAUUGUAGGAGAUCCUCUCCCAGAAAUUUGAUAGAGUUAUUCUGAAUGAUCUGGUUACAAGGUAAUAUUGUGGAAUCAAAAGUUAUUCAGUCAUUGCUUUUUAACA